AUGGCCGCCCAGACGUCCCUCCCCACCCUCAUCCGCAAGAAGCGGGACGGGGAGCGGCUGGAGGAGGAGGAGAUCCAGAGCUUCGUGCGGGGGGUGACGGACGGCUCGGCGCAGGAGGCAGCCGACUUCCGUGGGAUGUGGGUCCUGCUCUACUUCGGCUUCACCCACUGCCCCGACAUCUGCCCCGAGGAGCUGGGCAAGCUCAGCCAGGCCGUGGAGCUGCUGGAGGGGGAGCCCGGCCUUCCUCCCAUCCAGCCCCUCUUCAUCACCGUGGACCCCGAGCGGGACGACGCGGCCGCCCUGGGGCGCUACCUGCGGGACUUCCACCCCCGCCUGCUGGGGCUGACGGGCACCCCCGAGGAGAUGCAGAGCAUCCUGGAGCGGGUGGGCUGCUGCAUCGUGGGGCAGAGCGAGGAGCUGGCGCCGGCCGACCGGGUGCUGUACAGCCUGCGGGACGUCACCGCCACCGUCGACAGCCUGCCCCUCAUCACGGCCUCCAUCCUCAGCAAGAAGGCAGCGGAGCAGCUCUCGGCGCUGGUGCUGGACGUCAAGUUUGGGAGCGCGGCCCUGUUCCCCACGCUGGAGAGUGCACGGGAGCUGGCACACAGCCUGGUGGGGGUGGGCGAGCGGCUGGGCAUCCGCACGGCGGCCGUGCUGAGCCGCAUGGACGAGCCGCUGGGCCGCUGCGUGGGCAACUCGCUGGAGGUGCUGGAGGCCCUGGAGUGUCUGCACGGGGGGGGACCCCCCGACCUGCGCGACCUGGUCACCACCCUGGGGAACAGGAACAUUGUGGGACAGGGACACAUGGGGCUGGGGAAGGGGGGCUAA